AUGGUAGAUCAUAGCAAUGCUCCGAAAUUACAAGGAGUAUUAGCUCUACUGGAAAGCAAGCAGAAGGAUCCGAACAACACUGAUGUUGAAACGAGAUUUUUCAACGAGGGAUUAGAAUUCCUUCUGUUGUCUGAUCACUGGUGGUGUGAUCAAAACAUCUUACCAAUUGCCCGAGAGUCACUAUGGCUCUUCUCACUUCCAGAACAUAACCCAAUUUUACAGUAUAAAAAGAAGCUUAAUAAUCAGUUGAUGACUUGUACUUCCUGUGUACAAGUGUACCAAAACUCUAAGCAGUUUGUUAAGCAAAGAUAUGAAGAACAAUUUCCUAAAAGUACCGUAGACGAUUUUUUCAAAACUAUAGAAAAAUUUGACAUUGAUCGAGUGAGCUCGUCUUUAACUGCGCAAUCAGAAGAAUUUAAUAUGACAACUGAGAUUAUCUGUGCCAUUCUCGAGGUGAUAUGUGCACCUCAAAUGUUAGAAGAUUGUGACGGAAAGUUUGCCAAAACGUUUGAAGCAAUUCAAAAAGCGGGCUCAUUCCCAACAUUCGACACAGCUACAGCCCCCUAUAUUGUUCGUAUGACACUUCAUCAUCAAAGGGUUGUUAGAUUUUGGGCGAGGAAACUAUUGGAAAAAUUUAUCAAUACAGAUCAAUAUUCUUUAAACGAUGCUGAUUUCUUAUAUAUAAAGGAUUUUAUCUUUGGGAUACUGCAGAGUUUUACAUCAGUUGGCAGCUUCAGCAGAAUAGAGGAUUAUUGUCAGAUAGAAAUAACUCACGAUUUGGGAGAGUUUUGGAAAGCAUUUAGGCUUAUAGUUGGAUUAUCAUCACCAUCCAUGUUGACAGACUCUAUAGCAGAAUCCAGCACCACGAUGCUCGAAGUAAUACAGACGCAGCUAGGAGCUUCAGUAGAAUGGCUGGGUGAAAUACUGAAGACAAUGACAAGUAUGCUGUUAAAAAUGCAGACAAGUUUCUGGGGUACGAUUUCUAGCGACAGUGCUAUAUACUACGACAUUAUAAAAAAAAUUUGCGAACAUCAGGUUUUUCAGUCUGCCAUGAAAAUCGCUCGAGGGGGAAACGCAGGCAGGAUUUUACAACGGGAUGGAACACCCUAUCCUGAUGAUAAACUCAUGGCAAAAAUUAAGAAUAUGCUGGAAUGGUUAUAUCCAUUCUGGUCGUCGCUGCGAGCUACACCAGUCGAGAAGGAAAUUACAGGCAGAGUUUUGGAUACAGUAUUUGGAUAUUUCCAAUUGGAUAUCUGGGGCAUCAUGAGCAAAGCGUAUUGUGCAGAGCUGGGCUUACAAGUGAUCAAUCAGUGUCUAACGGAUGAGUCGCUUCCCAUGCAUAAAAUCAACGAAUACAUCUUUAAAAUUAUUGAUUUUGCGAAACUUGAUUCAGCCUCUUUACCCAACCUAGUAAAGCAUAUGCCUAACUUGGCAAGAGAAAUUCUGUCAGAUCUUUUGGAUAAAGAAUCAAUGCAUUUACAGAAAAUUUUCAGCACAGUUUAUAAAAUUGAUGAUGUAAUGGGUGAAAUAGCUUAUGAUGAUGCUGCUGUCCAAGACCCUGAAAGCUCACCAUUCGAACCGAUAUGGAUAUCUGUAAAAACUUGUCUCAAUAAGGACUUGACAGGCUCGAUUUGGCUUGCUUCCUCUAUUCUUAAAGCUUAUGGAAACAUUGCAUCUUUUGAUAUACCCAAUAUUCUUAGCCAGGACAAUGACAAAUAUGUUAUUCGAAGAAUUGCUGAUCUACACCAAUCAACCUCUCAUGUACUCAAAAUGCUGAAAGCAACAGACCAGCAAUCGAGAGAAACCAUUUUAGCAUCACCAGAUCUGUUAAAAUCACUCAUUCAACUGUUAAAGUCCCCCUAUCCCGAUAUCAAAAGCUACAUUUUCGAACUAUUCCAAGAAACAUCAAGUGAACUCAAUCAACGGAGGAUUUUGGAGAUCAUGUUCAAAAGAUUUAAGCCUUUAAAAUUAAUAGAUGCUUAUAACUCUAUGCUGAGAGAAUUUAUAUCUUUACUCAAGUGUCCUACGAUCGAUAUUUUCAAUCUGGCUCCCGAUACCAUUUCAUUCUUGUCAUACCAAGUCGAUUUAGUAAAGUCGUACGUCGUUAAUCUCUCAAAUAUGAAUGAAGAUGAAGAUGGAACAAUAGACGAAUUUUGGAGUGUUUGCUGGCGAGCACUCAACACAGUGCUAGACAAAGCUUUGCAAUGGGCAACACAGUAUCGGCCAUCAACUGUCGUUAGCUUGAUUUUAUCAAUCCUCGAUAUAGCGACUCAGUUGAUUAGUACGAAGCAAAAUUUCGAAAAAGCUAUGAAAGCUUCAAAAAAUGGCGGUACUGUUAUCAUCAGCAACGAUCACUUAAUAACUAUUGUAGAUUCUUUAUCACACUGGAUCUACGUCACCAGGAUAGAGCUGAUAUCAAAAUUGGUUCCUCUUGCCAUCAAUAUCUUAAAUAUACUAAAAAGAGCAGAAUUAAAGAUUUCAGUGGAAGCAUACGAUCGACUCAUGACAGCAGCAACAGGUGUGAACACCAGCAAACUAUCAGAUAAGGAGAGAGAAGAUCUGUUUAUGGCCCUCAGUGCUCAUGAACCCAACAAUUUCAUUUUUCUUAACGACGACAGUGACGAUGAAGACGUAGAGUGGCAGUCUAUUACCUCAGUUGAUGCCAACAGUCCUUCUACUGUCUCAAUCAAUAACGUUUCGACAACCACACCUGCCAAUAAAAACGUCAAGAAACGCCAACUUACGUUGGAUCAGAGUUUCUCGAAUGUUUCGAUUGAUAGUCCUCCACGUCCCACUUCUGCUCCAGCCACAGCACCAUUGAAAGAUGCUCGAAUCUCAAAGUAUUUUGCUGCUACUGCAGAAGAGCCGCACGAGAUAUCUGACUCUGAACUAGAAGAGGAGUUUGCCGAUUUCGACUAUAGUCAAGUACCAGAUGAAUGGCUGCAAGCGACCACCACAUCGACCACACCCACGACAGUGGAAAAACAAACGUAUUUCGGACAAAAUGGAAAUAUGGAUAUAGAUACAGAAUCCCAAGAAACAAUAAAAGAAACAAAUAAAAGAUCAGCAAACGCGAUAAAUAUUACAGGAUCUGCAAAACCCAAGAAUACCCCAUCUUUUUACCCUUCUGUGAACAAAGUUCCUACGUAUGCCGUAACCUCUCGUGGUCGAAAGCUGCGUCCACCUUCUAUGGGUUUCCCGUCAAAGCUAAAAGCGCUUAGAGAUCAACAUCGUGCUGAACGCCGCUUAAUUGCUACUGCAAAAUCGCCUUCAGCUGCCAAUAUCCUUCGAAAACGAUAUGGCCAUGAUUCUCAAGAUAACUCUACUGACUCAUCGAAUUCAUCUGAUUCGGACGAAGGAGACGACGAUUCUGGUUUGUUAGGUUUAAUUCACGAUUUAGAUGAUACAGAGGCUUCAAAGCAUGUAGAAUUAAAGAACAAAAAGGCCAGCGCAAAAGCAGAGAGCGCAAGUAUGAAGGCAUUGUUCGAUACGAAGCCGAAGCGUACCAUCAAGUUGAUAGCCACCCCUAUCUCCAACCCAUACCUGGACAGAAAAAUGAAAGCCAAAACGCGUGAAAUAGCACGCCAGAAGAAGAUAGCUCCCAAUCUUGAUCGUUUAUUUAAAGCUGUUUUGUCUUGGGAAAUAACAGAGACAGCACGCGAAAUUCCACCAAAUACGAACGAGCAUAUGUAUUCCAAGGUGCCUGCUACCUUCAAAUCAUUUGAAGAAUAUCGUUCUAUUUUUGAACCCCUUUUAAUACUUGAAACAUGGUGUCAAUUAGUUCGUGCGAAAGAACAAUUGAGUCAAAAUGAUAUACUUGAAAACUGUAUCGUAGAAGGACGGUGUCACACAAAUGAUUUUGUGGAUGUGACAUUUCAACUUCGGAUGAGCUUAAUUAUGAACAACCUGACUACGGACGAUCUUGUCUGUGUUGCUAACCAUUUUGGGCCCCAGUUCUUCCAGACCGAUGAAAACGUUGGUAGUACUUGGAAAGGAAAAGCCUUCCUUGGUAAAGUAAUGUCUAUCAAUCAGAAGAAAAAUAUAGGUGAAGUAGUCGUAAGAUGUUAUUUUGCCGCUGACAGAAUUAGUUUGCUCAAUUCAAUUUCACCUAAAACUUCUUGGAACAUACUGAAAAUAAUGAGUUUGACAACAGGCAUGCGAGAAUAUGCUGCAUUGGAGGCCUUAGAAUAUUACGAUUUGGGCAUGGAUAUCAUACAACCUAAACGGACACCUUUGCCAAAACUCGAUGAUUCGCUAAUUAAACAGUACUGUCAGCGAUACUAUGUCAAUGAGCCUCAAGCUGUUGCUAUUCUGUCUGCUAUGCAGAAAAAGAACGGGUUUUCCCUGAUUCAAGGUCCUCCUGGCACAGGUAAAACCAAGACAAUUUUGGCUUUAAUUGUGUCCUUGCUCGAACAGCGCACUAGUGCAUCGACGGAUCAUCCUUUCGGUGCCAGCAAGCUACUCGUGUGUGCUCCUAGUAACGCUGCAGUAGAUGAAAUAGCGAAACGUUUGAAUGAUGGAAUAGUUACAUCUCGUGGAACACUCAAACCGAACGUUGUACGUGUUGGUGUAUCUGAUUCAGUGAAUGCUAGCGUUAAAGAUAGAAUUCUCGACAAGCUCAUUGAAGAUGAGAUGAACUCAUUCGACAGCGAUGAAAAUGGUGGCGGUGGAACUAAAUGGAGUGCGAAACUAGAUGAAAUACAUCAAGAUAUUCGUAAUAUACAGAUUCAAUUAGAUCAAGUAGAUCGUGAAAUUACUCAGUCGGGUAGUGAUAUGGUUCAAAUGUCAUUGUUGCGCGACAAGAGAAAAACCCUGGCCCAAAAAUUAACAAAGGCAAGGAUUUUGUUGAAAGAUACACAUCAAGACCAGAAGAAUUAUGGUAGAGAAAUGGAAGUAUCGCGAAUUCGUGCUCGUCAAAAGGUGCUUUCGAAUGCAGAUGUUGUGUGUGCCACGCUAAGUGGCAGUGGUCAUGAUAUGUUGACCAGCAUGGGUAUUACAUUUGAAACAGUCAUUGUAGACGAAGCAGCGCAGUCAAUUGAGAUCAGUUCGCUUAUUCCCUUGAAGUUUGACACGCAACGAUGUAUUCUUGUUGGCGAUCCAAAUCAGCUUCCUCCAACCGUCAUGUCACCUUUAGCUGCCAGGUUUGAUUACCAACAAAGUCUUUUUCUACGGUUAGAAUAUACAAUGGCGAAGGAAGUCAACCUUCUUAGUAUUCAGUAUCGUAUGCACCCAGACAUCAGCCGUUUCCCUAGUAAGAUGUUCUACCAAUCUCGUCUUCUGGAUGGACCCGAUAUGGCUAAGAUGUCUUCUGCAGUAUGGCACUCUCAGCCUGAAUUCCCUCCUUAUCGCUUCUUCAAUAUUAUGGAUGGUCAAGAAAAAAUUGGUCGUGGCAAAUCAAUUUACAACGUAGCCGAAGCGGAUGCGGCGGUUGCUUUGGUGGAUAAGUUGUGUGCUAGAAUGCCUACUGUUAAGUUUGCUUCAAGAAUUGGAGUUAUUACGCCCUAUAAACAGCAAGUGGGCCAACUGAAAUCAAGGUUUCAAAAGCGUUUUGGAAAUAAUAUUCUUGACGUGAUCGACUUUAACACUGUUGAUGGCUUCCAAGGACAAGAAAAGGAAAUUAUCAUCUUCUCGUGUGUCCGAGCUGGCCAAGGAAAAGGAAUUGGUUUCUUGGCCGAUAAACGUCGUAUGAAUGUUGGCUUAACCCGUGCCAAAUGCUCACUGUUUGUUUUAGGCCAUGCCCACUCUUUAUCCAACAGUGACUAUUGGGGUGAUUUGGUACGUGACGCUGAACAAAGGUCACUAAUUGAAGACUGUAAAUAUCCAUAUUUCAAGCAUAGAUUGGAUGGGGCUCCUAUCCCGCGCAACCUAUUUGAAAAGCCAUUAACUUCGGCGAAAACAGCUAAGCCUGCAACGCCCAUCAGAUCCGGACCUGUAAAAAUUACUGCACCUGGCAUCUUUGACUCAUUUCCUAGCUCCAGUCGCUCUAUGCGUAACUCAGUUACUGAAGACGAACGUAUGAGAACUUCAAAUAGAAAGCGUCCAUUCACCUAUACCCCGGAAGAUCCUUCUGCCCGAAGCAAUACCCGACGUAAAUUGGAUACUAUGAACGACAAGGAUACCAUUAUGACUGAAGCACAAGAGGUUGCCAGUAGCAGCGAUAGUAAUAAGUCCUUCAUUGAAAAAGUUAGAGAACAAAAAUUAUUGUCCAUGAAAGGAGAAGUAGCAGCUGGACAGGUGUCGAAUAGUGCUACAUCGCUUCCAUCAGCAGCAAAUAAACGCACCAUACCACCGCAUAAAAAGUUGAGCUUAGAAGAGUAUAGGAAAGCAAGGGGAUUACCACCCGUGGCUCCAUCAUCUCGUGGUCGAGGUCCAUAUCCCUUACCUCCUCGCACCAGCAGCAGGCCUGCCCCUGAUUCCUCCCUGUUUAUAAAAAAUCGAAAAUGGGCUGCACCAUUGCGUCCAAAGCCAACAAGAAUUUUGCCUGAUGGUGUAAGCGCAAGAGAAAGAGCGAUGAUACAGCACAAGGCAGAUAGAGAACAAAUGAAGAAGUACCGUGAAGAAUAG